AGAUUGUGGCUUGUUUGGAAAAUUUCCGGCAAGAAUUUUUGAGUUGCAAGACCUUGAAACUCUUGAUGUGAGAUCUAACCAAGAUCUCACUGGAACCUUGAUUUAUAACUUCAAUUACUCUCAAAUUCCUACUACCCUUGGGAACUUUCCACAGCUGACGUACCUCAACCUCUCUGCCUCUGGCUUUUUUGGUCAAGUCCCAUCCCAGCUUUCACAGUUGUCCAAGUUGUCAAACCUUGAUCUAUCUCUCAAUCUAGAUCCAUUUCUUGGUGAAGGAUUGUUGAGUAUUAGAGAAUCCGAUUUGAGAAGCCUCAUUAGAAACUUAACCACUCUAGAAAAGCUUCACCUCAGUUUCAUAAACAUAUCUUCAACAAUACCCGAUUCUAUAGCAAAUUUAUCAUUUUUGACAUCUCUCCUCCUCAGAGAUUGUGGCUUGUUUGGAAAAUUUCCGGCAAGAAUUUUUGAGUUGCAAGACCUUGAAACUCUUGAUGUGAGAUCUAACCAAGAUCUCACUGGUUAUUUGCCUGAGUUUAAUCGAAGCAGUCGACUGGUGUCGCUGAAGCUUGGCAGCAGUAGCAUUUCAGGAAACUUGUCUCCAAUCAGGAACCUUGAUUUAUUACAGGAGCUGGAUGUUAGGGCAUGCAACUUCAGUGGUCCAAUCCCUGAUUGGUUUGCUAACCUUACCCAACUGACAUAUUUGUCACUUUCUGAUAACAAUUUCAGUGGUGGUCCCUUGUCUUGGAUCGGUAAGCAAACCAAACUUACUUAUCUACACCUUGGAAACAUCAAUCUAAGUGGCUACAUCCCGUCUUCUCUUAGAAACCUCACACAGCUCUUUUUUCUUCAUCUUCCUUCUAAUCAACUAACUGGUCCAAUCCCAUCUUGGCUGGGUAAUCUUAGCAGGCUAGCUUACAUAGAUCAACCAAGCAUCUUAUACUAUGUAAUUUCAGAAAACAAGUUGACUGGAGAGAUUUCACCAUUGAUUUGUGAUCUGAGUGCUCUUCAGUUUCUUGAUUUGUCAAAUAACAAGUUGAGUGGUAUGCUUCCUCAGUGUCUUGGAGACUUCAGCGAUGAUCUACGAGUUUUAAAUGUUGGGAAUAAUUCUUUUCAUGGCGUUCUUCCUCAAGCAUACACCAACACAAGCAAGCUGAAGGUUUUGGAUGUUAGCUCUAACCAAUUGCAGGGCAAGUUGCCGAGGUCAUUGGCGAAUUGUGCGAUGCUUGAAUCUCUUAUUCUGUCAAACAAUGAAUUCCAUGAUGUUUUCCCCUCUUGGUUGGGGACUUUCCCAGAAUUGAAACUUUUGUCAAUGCGCCAUAAUGGGUUCUAUGGUGUGAUCGGGAAACAAAAAAGGAAUCUUCGUUUCCCUGAGUUGCGCAUUCUUGAUCUGUCUCACAAUAAUUUCAGAGGCGAGUUUCCAUCUGAAUACAUCUUUACUGGAAAUCCCAUGAGAGGUAUCCCUCAUGGACAACCCACAUAUAUGGACACGUACGCAAGUUUUAGUGUCAGUGGAGUACGUUUCUACUAUGCGUUCUCAAUCAUGAAGGUGUUGAUAGAUACUACUCAAAGAUUCAAGAAGACUUUGGGGUCGUUGAUAUCUCAAGCAACAAAUUUGAAGGGAAGAUUCCUGAAUUCAUUGGGAACCUAAAGGGCCUUCGCUUGCUCAAUGUUUCCAAUAACAUUCUCACUGGUAGCAUCCCAUCAUUCUUGGCCAACUUAACACUGCUUGAAUCGUUAGACCUUUCACAGAACAAGCUCUCAGGAGAGAUCCCACAACAACUUACGCAGCUUACAUUCCUUGGAAAUUUCAAUGUCUCUCACAAUAAUCUCACAGGUCCUAUACCAUAUAGAGGCCAACUUACUACAUUCGAUGUCACUUCAUAUGAGGGAAACCCGGGAUUGUGCGGAGAUGUGUUGCCAAAGAAAUGUGGAGAUCCUAAUGCUUCUCAACUGCCACCUUCAACCAAAGAAGAAAAUGAUUCAGGCUCUGGAUUUGAACUUGAUUGGAAAUUUGCUUUGGCAGGAUUUGGAAGUGGGUUGGUAGUGGGAGUGGUGCUUGCGGAUGUAGCGAUCUCAAGGAGACGUGAGUGGUUCCUUGAGAUUGUUGGAAGGAUCAGACUGAUAAUGAUGAAAAGGAGGAAGAGUAGGGGACCCAGAAACUCAGUUUAUUAGGAUAUGCAUUUGGUGUUGCUUUCUGUUUUUUCCUUGUGCUGUUUCUUUCCAUCUAGUUCUACCAUUUAUCUCUGUA